ACCUGGUUUCUCGCCUAGUGAGCAACGCGAACACAGCAGCAUCAGCAUCAGCAGAUCGCGACUCAGACUCACACACACACACGCACACACACACACACACUGGCGCUCGUCUCUCUCUGUGUCUCCGUGUCCCUGUCUUUCUCUCCGCCGAGCCAUGAAACAGAUGCUGUUCGACCUGAUGAGGAUGAGCAGGAUUUGCCGGAUGGUCCUCGCCACAUGUUUGGGAUCUUUUAUCCUGGUCAUCUUUUAUUUCCAAAGUAUGUUCCAACCAGUAAUGAGACGAAACCCGUUUGCAGCAGAGGGCUGCUGUAGGAGCGGCUCAAGAAAUGCACUGCAGGAGCUUUAUAACCCCACACAGGUGGAGUUCUCAAGAUCAGCGCUUCUCCAUCAGACUCGGCGAGACCAGGUGGCCCAGACAUGUCGUGCCCACAGUGGCUCGAGCCGCAAGCGACACGUCCUGACACCCAGCGACCUAAAACACUUAGUAGUGGAUGAAGAACAUGAGCUGAUCUACUGCUACGUGCCCAAGGUGGCAUGCACCAACUGGAAGCGGGUGAUGAUGGUACUAAGUGGGCGUGGCAAGUACAGCGAUCCCAUGGAUAUCCUUCCCAAUGAGGCACACGUGCCCUCUAACCUGAAGACGCUCAACCAGUACAGCAUCACUGACAUCAACCACCGCUUGAAGAACUACCUCAAGUUCUUGUUUGUUCGCGAACCCUUCGAGCGCCUAGUGUCGGCAUACCGUAACAAGUUCACACUGCGCUACAACACGUCCUUCCACAAGCGCUAUGGCACGCGUAUUGUCCGGCGGUACCGCAAGAAUGCUACGGCCGAAGCGCUCCAGAAUGGCAGCGACGUCAAGUUCACCGAGUUCGCAGAGUACCUUGUAGAUCCAGCCACGCAACGUGAUGCGCCGCUGAACGAGCACUGGCAGACAGUGUACACGCUGUGCCACCCCUGCCACAUCCACUACGACCUGGUGGGCAAGUACGAGACACUGGAGGAGGAUGCCGACUACGUGCUCAAGCUGGCCGGUGUGCCCGACUCGCUACAUUUUCCAUCCUACGCCAAGUCUACCCGCACCACCGACCAGAUGGCGGCCAUGUUUUUCAACAACAUCAGCGCGCAGCAGCAGAGCCAGCUCUAUCAGCUUUACAAGAUGGACUUCCUGAUGUUUAACUACUCCUCUCCAAGCUACCUGAAGGAUCAGUAGGAACGGUUGACGCACAACGCACGCACGUUUUUAAACGCACAUCUGCGCGAACACGUACACAAAGCUGAGCUUAACUUAAUCAGAACAUUGACGUGAGGAGAAAUGGUCAAUGAGGUGCUUGAUGAAUUGGCACCAGUGGAAGCAGAGCAAAAAACUCUGAACUUCUGCAGACUUUGGAACUGUAUAAUCCACGGGUAGUCAGUCUGCUGUAUCGUGAAGAGGUGCAAUUGAACAGAGGAAGAAUUGUACUGUUUUUGGUCAAGAUAUCAUGUUUGAUGAGUAUUCAGGUAAACCUGGCAUCUCCGUGUUAAUACACCCAUCCAUCAGAUUGUAAGAUAAAGAUCAUGUUACUGUUUAUAUUCCCAUCAUUAAGCAAUAUGACUCUGGGCCACAGGCUCAUUUUACUGUAACAUGUAAAGAUCUCACCCGCCUACCUUCAGUUUUAAACACUUGAUGAGCGAAAGACUCUUGUGGACUUCUACAAUGAUACUGAAACCUCAGUCGACUUCUAUUACACCCCAAUACCGGACUAAAGUGGUGGGCUGCACUUAAGCACGCUCAUUUUAGUGUUAUUUAUGGUUGUCGCCCUAAUCACAGCCGUCUUCUGUGUGAAGACUGUGUGUGUGUGUACAGUAAUUAUAUGAUGCAUAUGUAAAGGAGGACCUUUGUGUUCACACAGGAAGAUGCGAAAACGGCAUUGAGAUGUGGGUGUAUCCUGCUGCUCUUAGGAGCCAGUAGCCGACCUGCAUUCAGAAGUCAGAGGUCGGCAAGAGGUCAUUAUUCAUUAAGGGGUUCUUUCAAGAACUAUCAGCCAUCUUUAAAAAAAAAAGAAAAGGGAAUAUUUCUUGUUUUUGCUUUGUUUUUUUGUUUGUUUGUUUUAGGGUUUUUGUGACUUAUGAAAGAUAGCUGCAAGCAGCUGAACAAAACACUAUUUAAAAUACUUUGUAAAAAGAAACAAAAGAAGCCCGAUUUAAUUUUUGUCUCUUCAGUGAUGGAUUUUAUAAAUGGCAGUAUUGAUUUUGAUAGGUAUUACACGGUACAAUUUUGCUCAGCUCUUGAGUGGAUCAUGUUUGUUUUUUUAAAGGAAAGCAAAGCUUUUGCUUUCUGAGCUGUUCUCAUAGGAACGAUUUAUUUAGAAAGACUGAGAGUCAGAGCGAGAGAGAGAGCAAUGAGAGGAGAUGAGAUGAGAGAAAAUGCUAGACGGUAUCUGUUUCCUGCAUUAAACCCAUGUUUGUUCUGUUGUAACGUCUCUAUCCCAGUUUAAGCUCUUCAAAGGAACACAUGCUUUUAUUUGUAGAAGUGUCUUUUUAUGGCCCCUUUUUUUGUUAUGACUGUGAAUUAGAAGAGUCUGAAAAUGAUGAAAAUGCCUAUUUAUGUGUCUGAGAGCCACAGGCGGGUGUGUCUGUCUCCACCGUCUGUGUCUAGAAGACUGUACAAAAAUCCUACACUGGUAAAAGGUGAAUCAGUCUAACACCAGCUCUCGCUUUCAUCCGGACGGCCGGACGGAUUAGUGUGCCUGGAUAAAUAAACGCCCGUUAGCAUGUUUUUUUUUUUUUUUCCAGAGAUUGAGCCCCUGUGGAGCAGGGACUUUAUAGGACAUGUGCACACACACACAUACACACACAUGCACAAAACAGAUUGAUAGCCCUCUAGUGAUGUAGUGAAUAAAAUGUGGCAAAGAGGAAAAAAACUUAAUUCAUACUGUGUGUUCUGCCUUGUUCUCCACUUCUCUCUCUCUCUCUCUCUCUCUCUCUCUCAGUCUUAAACCAAUUCUCAAAUUUCAUUGGUAUCAGUUUGCGGAAAGGUUACCUUAACUAAAAUUAUUAACAUUAUUAACACAUAGAAACCAUGAACUACUGUAUUAACUCCAGGACCUAUUCAACACCCACAGUCCACACUAUUUAGUAACUACUACAACAAAAAUGUACGUAAAUAUGGAAUAAAACACACAGGGGUGUGCGCUUGUAGGAAAAUAAUCAGCAGUGCAGUUGUCUGAUUUGGCCCAAUGUCCGAUAGCACGCGCGAAGUUAUUCCUCUUAUAACAGAGGAAAUUGCCCAUUUUUAUUCAUUUCUAGGUACAUUAACUGUCUAUGAGAAAAGUUAGCUCCUGUUCUCACUUAUAUUAUAGCAGCUAUAAACAGUCAUGUCAUCUUUUUCUCUCUCCUAAUGUUAAUAAGACAAAAAAAUAAAAUAAAAAUACAGCCUCGCUAAUGUUUCUGAGAGACCAUAAACUCCUCCAUCCUGAAAACAUUCCUGUGUCUGAAAAAAAUAAAGUUACAGUUUUACUUAAAUGCUAAGCAAAAACGUUAAAUAAAACAUCUCCGAAAACUUUGCUUGAACUCUGGAAAUACCGUCAGAGCUGCUGUUCUAGAAAAUUAAUCAACACCUUCUGACUAAACAGAAUCAAGAAUUGGGAAGGGCUAUGGUAUAAAUUCUUUAAUUUCUUUGGUUCUAAAUGAAUGUCACUUAAUUAAUGUUAACUAAUUAAGCCAAAUAAGUCAAAUAAUGAAUAAAAUGGCUAACCAGUAUUCCACAAGUGCUACAAAUAAAAGAUAAUUCACAAACACCAAUGUGAGGUAAUGCCUUAAUUAAUGUGUUUGUAGUGGUUAAUGGGCAAGAUUCAUAAUUGAGGCUGAGGGUCAUGGAUUCCUGAGUUCAGUUGAUCAUGAACAUCACCACUGGCAAACUUAAAGGUCAAAUAUUUUCCACAGAACAAAUACAGGCCAAACAAAUACAAUUUCUGCUUCAUCAGAAAUACUGAAACAAUGAAUAAUGAGUGAAAAUAAGCCCACAACAACCAACAUGAACUGAAGCUUAAAUUAAUGUUUGCAGUAGUUGAUUGGCAAAAUUAAUAACUGAAUGGUAGGUGCCAAUAUUUACACCCAGAGACAUGAGCUGGUUUGAUUCUCAACAUUUAGUCACAUGAUCCGAUUGAAUUUAUUCUCCUUUAUGUGGACUUAUUUUCAGUCAUGGAUAGAAGCAUCAUUGGAAACAUUUGUGCACUAUGUUUAUUUCACCAAACAUGAAUUAAUGUGUGUUAACUUCCUUUGCUAUUUUGUUAACAUGUUUUGCUUUGUCUUAUUAAUGCUGAACUUUAAAGUUUUUUAUGUUAAGUAAAGCAGUGAAUAAUGUUAGUUAAGGGAACCUUCAUAUAAAAUGGUACUGAUGACGAGCAAUAAAUACAACCAAUCAUUGAGACAAAUCUGA